GAAAGGCUCGCGGAAUCGAGGGAGAUAAUCGCCAAGUACCCUACUCGGAUUCCAUUAACACUCUUGAAAUUAUUGGAACUCAAAUGUUUUCUUUUCUAUGAUGUGUUGCAGGUGAUUGCUGAGAAGUAUUGCAAAACCGAUCUGCCUGAAAUCGAGAAAAAAAAAGAUGAUCCGAGGAGUUGUCUUUCAAAUGUUAGGUUUCUGGUUCCAAGAGAUAUGUCCGUUGGCCAAUUCAUCUACAUCUUGAGUGCUAGACUGCACUUGUCUCCUGGUAAAGCCUUGUUCGUGUUCGUGAACAACACUCUGCCUCAAACAGCUGCUCUAAUGGAUUCCAUCUACGAAACUUACAAAGACGAAGAUGGGUUCGUUUACAUGUGCUAUAGCAGUGAGAAAACCUUUGGUUGA